UUAUACUCAUAGCGGCGCAUAAUUCACUUCCUCUGAAAACCCUAGUAUCGUAAACGGUGAGGCAGAGCUUGAUCAAAGAUGGUGCAGCGUCUCACCUACCGCCGGCGUCACAGCUAUGCAACAAAAUCUAAUCAGCACAGGGUUGUGAAGACCCCAGGUGGUAAGCUUGUUUAUCAGACCACGAAGAAGAGGGCUAGUGGACCUAAGUGCCCUGUUACUGGCAAGAGAAUUCAAGGAAUUCCACACUUGAGACCCACCGAGUACAAGAGAUCAAGGUUGUCUAGGAACCGUAGGACUGUGAACCGUGCAUACGGUGGAGUAUUGUCGGGAGGUGCUGUUAGGGAAAGGAUCAUUAGAGCUUUCUUGGUUGAAGAACAAAAAAUUGUGAAGAAGGUUCUUAAAAUUCAAAAGACAAAAGAAAAGCAGGCUUCAAAGGCAUGAUUUUGGACCAUGAGUUAACAAUCUUUUUGGAGGAAUCUUAGUUGUGUGAUUAUAGUAAAUCACAUUUUAUUAGUUUUUCCCAUGUUACUUGUGUUUUGCUUCUUUGAACUCAUUACUGAGCAAUUGUUAAAACAUUGUCAACUAUUCCCUUGUGAUACAAUUUUGUUUGUCUUGUUUUGUA